GCUUCUGUAAUUUCUUGCCCGAUAUUUCUCAACGUGUGGCUGCAACUUUGACACAACCAAAAUCACCAAAAUCCUAAGACUCAAUCGAAACUCAACACGAACACACAUGUAACACAUUAAAACCAAACUUAAUCUUGUUCUUCUUCUUGUUUCAGUGUCAACCAAACAUGACUCUACAAGCCUCUCUCUACGGUUCCAACAUUUCAUCCUUCAUCUGUCCGGCUACACCCAGAACCAGAACCGUCCAGCACCGUCCUGCCACUCUAAUUCGAUGCCAAGUGGAGCCAUCUGAUAAAUCAGUUGAAAUAAUGAGGAAAUUCUCUGAGCAGUAUGCAAGAAAAUCUGGGACCUACUUUUGUGUGGACAAAGGUGUCACUUCUGUUGUUAUUAAGGGAUUGGCAGAUCAUAAAGAUUCAUUGGGUGCACCUCUUUGUCCAUGCAGGCAUUAUGAUGACAAAACUGCUGAAGCCCAACAGGGCUUUUGGAACUGUCCAUGUGUUCCGAUGAGAGAAAGGAAGGAGUGCCACUGCAUGCUCUUUCUCACUCCAGAUAAUGAUUUUGCUGGCCAAGAUCAGACCAUUUCCUUGGAUGAAAUCAGGUCAUCAACAGCAAAUAUGUGAUGAUUACUGUACUGACUUUACUUGUUGAAAGAGUCAUCUAUUAUAUUUGGCCAAUGAAUAGAAAGAUUCCCGGGAAAACUAUCUUCUUGAAUGAAAUCAUGGGAGCAACAACGAAUAUGUGAUGCCUAAUGUAUUGAGUUUAUUUUAUAAACAAUCUUCUCUUGUAUUGGCCAAAGAAGAAAGAUGAAACAAACAAUCCCUUAUCAUUUGUAUGUAUAUUAGUAUUUUACUUGUGAAUCACACUAUCUUUUUUGUUCCCCUUUA